UGAGACGGUUUGGCAAAUUGAACAAAAUAAGUAUAAAUGCCAGAUGAAUGCAACAAAUUUAUUUCUUUUAUUUGUUUCUUCUUUUACUUUUUUUUGGAAGCAGGUCACAUCUCCCAGUAGGUCUGAUUAGGCCCAUUUUGUCAACAGGGUUUAAGAUUUUAACUUGUAUUUGUCUCUCUUCAUCCUAGACCUGAUGAUGCUGACAGAGGAGAAUGAGGUACUGAAUGAAAUGGAAGACAAAGAUCAGUAUAAGAAACAACAUGGAGACCUUAAAGUCCAUAUAAGAAUUCUCAGAGGAGAAAGCCCUUACACCUGCCAACAUUGCGGAAAAGUUUUCCGUAAAAACACAAACCUUAAAUGCCACAUGAGAAUUCACACUGGAGAGAAGCCAUUCAGCUGCCAACAGUGUGGAAGUAAUUUCACUCAAAAAGGAACCCUUAACAGGCACAUGAGAAUUCACACCGGAGAGAAGCCUUACUCAUGCCAACUGUGCGAAAAAAGCUUUACAGCAGAAGUAAACCUUAAGUAUCACAUGAACAGUCACACAGGAGUUAAGCCGUUCCCAUGUGAACAAUGUGGAAAGUUUUUCAAACGUAAGAAAACUCUUACUUCUCACAUAAAAAUGCACUUAAAAGAGAACUGUUAUACAUGUCAUCAGUGUGGAAUGACUUUUCGGGACAUCAAACACCUUAACAGACACAUUAUAAUUCACUCUGAGGAAAAGAUUUUCCAAUGCCAAGAGUGUGAAAAGAAAUUUCGAUUUAAAGUAAGCCUUAAGGGUCACAUGAGAAUUCACACUGGAGAAAAACCUUACACCUGCCAUCACUGUGGAAAGAGUUUCAGACAUAGCGUAAGCCUCAAGACUCACAUGAGACUUCACACUGGAGAGAAGCCUUUUAAAAUGCCCUCAGUGCGGAAAUAGUUUCAAAUAUAAAGCAACCUUUAAUGCUCAUAUGAGAGGUCACACUGGAGAGUGCCCUUACACAUGUAAACUGUGCGGGAAUAGCUUCUCACAAAAAGGAAAUCAUAAGACUCACAUGAGAGUUCACACUGGAGAGAAGCCAUUCAUAUGCGCUCAGUGUGGAAAAUCUUUCACACGAAAAGAAAGCCUUAAUUACCACACGAGAAUUCAUUCCAGAGAGAAUGGUUUUAAAUGUCUUGAGUGUGGAAAGUGUUUCCCAGAUAAGAAGAACCUCAAGAGGCAUGUAAAAAUUCACACCAGAGAGAAGCCUUACAUUUGCCAUCACUGUGGAAAGAGUUGUAGAUUUAAAGAAAACCUUAAAACUCACAUGAAAAUUCAUACGGGAGAGAAGCCUUUCAUUUGUUCUCAGUGUGGAAAAGGUUUCACAUUUAAAGGAAACCUUGAAGUUCACAUGAGAGUACACACUAGAGAGAGGCCUUUUAAAUGUUUUCAGUGUAAGAGGAGUUACACUUAUCAAA